GGAUGCCGCAGCCGCCGCGGUCAGCGCUUCCUCCUGUGUCUUCGCUGCGCGCUGCAGGUUCCCGCGGCCUAGGCGGCAGGGAGGUGACACAGGAGCCCGUGGGAGGAAGAGGAAGGAGGAGAAGGGGGUGGAGAGUGGAGGGGGCCGAAGCUUGAGUGUGGAGGCCGCUUCCGAGCGAGGCGGAGAAGCAGAGAAGGCGCCGCGCCAGCCCCUCCCCCGCCGCCGACCCGCCCCGGCGGCCUCCGUCCUGCUCACUGCGCCCGCCCCGCGGCCAUGCUGGGGCCUCGCCGGCGCUGAGGAGCGUCGCCUGCUCGCAGUGCUCCGCGGCCUCCUGGGCCCGUCGCCCGCCUUUCCGCACGCAUCGCACCCGGCCGCCGCCUCUUCCUCCGUCGGGCCCCGGGCCUCUGCGCAGACAACAUGGAGGCCGUGAAGACCUUCAACAGCGAGUUGUAUUCACUGAAUGACUAUAAGCCACCCAUUUCUAAAGCAAAAAUGACCCAAAUUACAAAGGCAGCCAUCAAAGCUAUUAAGUUUUAUAAACAUGUGGUACAAAGUGUUGAGAAAUUCAUUCAGAAAUGUAAACCAGAAUACAAGGUACCUGGACUAUAUGUUAUUGACUCCAUUGUGCGACAAUCCCGGCAUCAGUUUGGUCAAGAAAAGGAUGUGUUUGCACCCAGAUUUAGUAAUAACAUCAUUAGCACUUUUCAGAAUUUAUAUCGUUGCCCUGGGGAUGACAAGAGUAAAAUAGUGAGAGUAUUAAACUUAUGGCAGAAGAAUAAUGUUUUUAAGAGUGAGAUUAUCCAGCCUCUUCUGGAUAUGGCGGCAGGGAUUCCUCCCCCAGUUGUCACGCCUGUUUUGGCCAGCACCACUGCAGCUAUGAGCAACACUCCAGGAACACCCGUGACACCUGUUACUCCAGCCAAUGUGGUCCAAGGCUUACCUGAUCCAUGGGUAUCUCAGAUAGCAAACACAGACACACUGGCAGCUGUUGCUCAGAUCCUACAAAGUCCUCAAGGUCAACAGCUUCAGCAGCUAAUACAAACCUUACAGAUACAGCAGCAGAAGCCUCAGCCUUCUAUCCUGCAGGCCUUGGAUGCUGGUCUUGUGGUUCAGUUACAGGCACUCACUGCACAGCUCACAGCUGCAGCUGCUGCAGCCAACACACUUACGCCCUUGGAUCAGGGAGUCUCUUUCAACAAGAAGUUGAUGGAUAGAUUUGAUUUUGGGGAAGAUUCUGAGCAUAGUGAAGAAUCCAAAAAGGAAAUGCCUACUCCUCAACUCUCUCACGUUUCAGAGUCUGUGAACAACUCCAUCUUCCAUCAGAUAGCAGAACAGCUGCAGCAGCAGAACUUGGAGCAGUUGCGACAGCAGCUCCUGGAGCAGCAGCAGCCUCAGAAGGUAACUCCUCAAGAUAGCCAGGAGGGGACAUUUGGGUCUGAGCACUCAGCUUCUCCCUCACAAGGGAGUAGCCAACAGCAUUUUCUGGAACCUGAAGCAAAUUUAGAUGAUUCCAUAGACAUUCAGCAACAGGAUAUGGAUAUUGAUGAAGGGCAAGAUGUUGUUGAAGAGGAGAUCUUUGAACCAGAAGCUAAGAAAGUAGCUGUUCGCUCAAGAUCAAGAACUCAUUCACGAUCUCGAUCAAGGUCACCAAGAAAACGAAGGUCCAGGUCACGCUCUGGGUCCCGAAAGCGAAAGCACAGGAAGCGGUCUCGGUCCCACUCGAGAGAGAAAAAGAGAAAAGCCUCACGCUCCUACUCCAGUGAGCGCAGAGCCAGGGAAAGGGAGAAAGAGCGCCAGAAAAAGGGCUUGCCUCCUGUCAGGUCAAAAACACUAAGUGUAUGCAGCACUACUCUCUGGGUUGGCCAAGUGGACAAGAAGGCUACACAGCAAGAUUUAACCAACCUUUUUGAGGAAUUUGGACAAAUUGAAUCCAUUAAUAUGAUUCCACCCAGGGGCUGUGCAUAUGUCUGCAUGGUUCAUCGACAAGAUUCAUUUCGGGCUCUUCAGAAACUGAGUUCAGGAUCCUAUAAAAUUGGUUCCAAGGUCAUUAAGAUUGCCUGGGCUUUGAACAAAGGUGUAAAGACAGAAUACAAACAGUUCUGGGAUGUGGAUCUUGGCGUCACAUAUAUACCCUGGGAAAAAGUGAAAGUAGAUGACUUGGAUGGCUUUGCAGAGGGCGGCAUGAUUGAUCAGGAGACUGUAAAUGCUGAAUGGGAAACUGUGAAAGCCUCAGAACCUGUUAAAGAGCCAGUGCAGACUGCACAGAGUCCAGCUCCAGUUGAGAAGGAGUCAGUGGUCACCACACAGGCAGAGGUUUUCCCUCCUCCUGUCGCCAUGCUGCAGAUUCCUGUAGCACCAGCUGUUCCUGCAGUUAGCUUAGUUCCUCCAGCGUUUCCUGUGUCGAUGCCUGUCCCCCCUCCUGGAUUCAACCCGAUCCCUCCACCUCCUUUUCUACGAGCAAGUUUUAACCCUUCACAACCACCUCCUGGUUUUAUGCCACCUCCAGUUCCCCCACCUGUGGUACCUCCCCCUGCAAUCCCACCGGUAGUACCAACAUCUUUAGUGCAACCACCAUUGUCCAUGACCCCUGAAGCUGUGAAAGAUGUUGGAUUUGGCAGCCUGGUUUUACCAAGUGGUUCUGUUGCUGGCAGUCUUGCUCCUUCAACUCUACCAGCUGGAAAUGUUUUUAAUCCUCCCAGUAAAGCAGAGCCUGAAGAAAAAGUACCUCACCUUAUAGAGCACCAGAUUCCUUCUGGUGAGAACACAAGACCAGUGAUUCCAAGUGAUAUUCCAAGUAGUGCUGCAAUGUUAGCACAGCCGCCUGGGGCCUCAAGCACCUCUGGGAUCCUGUGCGUGCAGAGACCAAAUGUAUCAAGUAAUUCUGAAAUUCUGGGGGUUCGUCCAGCUAAUGUUUCCAACAGUGCUGCAAUUAUGGGAGCCCAGCCACCAAAUAUUCUAAAUAACUCUGGAAUUUUGGCCAUACAGCCACCAAAUGUGUCCAGUGGCUCUGGACUUCUUGGGGUACUGCCUCCAAACUUGCCUAACAACUCUGGACUUGUAGGACUACAGCCACCAAAUGUUACAAGUCCUGCUGGACUUUUGGGAACACAGCCACCAAUUGGACCUCAAAACUUACCACCUUUAGCCAUCCCUGCUCAAAGGAUGCCCGCGUUGCCAAUGUUAGACAUUCGCCCAGGACUGAUAGCACAGGCUCCCGGGCCACGAUUCCCUUUACUACAGCCUGGAAUUCCACCACAACGCGGUAUCCCUCCCCCAUCGGUACUUGAUGCAGCUCUUCAUCCUCCACCCCGCGGACCUUUUCCUCCAGGAGAUCUUUUCAGUCAGCCAGAAAGACCUUUUCUGGCCCCUGGAAGACCAAGUAUAGACAAUGUUCCCAACCCAGAUAAAAGAAUACCACUUGGGAAUGACAAUAUUCAGCAGGAAGGGGAUAGAGAUUACCGCUUUCCUCCUAUAGAAACCAGGGAGGGCAUUACCAGACCUCCUCAGGUGGAUGUUAGGGAUGUGGUUGGGCGACGUCUAGAUCCCAGAGAAGGCCCUGGAAGGCCUCCAUUAGAUGCUAGGGAUCAUUUUGGAAGACCUCCUGUGGACAUGAGGGAGAAUCUUGUGAGGCCAAGUCUAGACCACCUUGGUCGAAGAGACCACUUUGGCUUUCCCCCAGAGAAGCCUUGGGGGCCUAGAGAUUUUGAUGAGAGAGAGCAUCGAGUUCUGCCUGUCUUUGGUGGUCCAAAAGGCUUACAUGAAGAAAGAGGUAGAUUUCGGGCUGGAAAUUACCGAUUUGAUCCUAGAAGUGGUCCUUGGAACAGAGGAUUUGGUCAAGAAGUUCACAGAGAUUUUGAUGACCGCAGAAGACCCUGGGAGAGGCAGAGGGAUAGGGAUGACAGAGAUUUUGAUUUCUGCAGAGAAAUUAAUGGAAAUCGUCUUGGACGAGAUAGAAUUCAAAACACUUGGGUUCCCCCUCCUCAUGCUCGGGUUUUUGAUUAUUUCGAAGGGGCCACUUCUCAACGGAAAGGUGAUAAUGUGCCUCAAGUUAAUGGUGAAAAUACAGAGAGACAUGCUCAGCCACCGCCUUUACCAGUACAGAAGGACCCUGAACUCUAUGAGAAACUGGCGUCUUCAGGUGACGUAGACAAGGAGGAGAGCGGCACAGUUGCUGGUGUAGAGAGUGAAGCGGUGGUAGAAAGCACAGAGACUGAGGGGACAUAACAUCACUCAGUAGGUAAAAGAAACCUUUUGUACAGUUGUCAUCUCUGUAAGAGGUUAAUGGCUGACUGCACCACACUUGUUCAUGUUUAUCUACCAGAACUAAGUUAAUCUGAUGUUCAUGUUCACCUUUCUCUUAAAAUAAUUGUACAACUGACUUGUAUAGACAUUGUUCUUAAUAUGAACAUGGUAGGUAAACACUUUUUUUUUCUGAUAACGUAUAAAUGUUGCCCCAGAUUCUUUUAACGUCAAGGAGAUGCUAACGGCUUGUCGGAGACUUCCUAUGGAAGAGAAGGUUUUAGACGCUGUCAUUGGGUUGGGUAUGGCAAUGACAUAUUUCAGAACAGCAAGGUGUGGCCCAUUUCCUCCAUAACUCUAGGCUGCUGCAGGAUUUUAAGGAGACAGACAAAGCUAUGACAUUUUAUGCAAGGACUGGCUCUAGAUUCUUGAGGAGCAUAAUACAGAGAUUUUAAAAAGUGAUUUUGUAAAAAUCUCCACGAUGGUCUCUGUUACUCCAAAGUAAGUGUGUGUGAUUUGUUCCUCAUACUGCAAUAAGUAAAAAGAAAAAAGCAAACAACAUAAACAUUCAAAGACGUUUCAAUGUUGGGUGAAUUUUGUUUUUAGAUGCCAAUAAAACUUACUUGUUUGAUAA